AUGGUCAUCGGCGACUUCAACGCUCGCAUAGGACGACAGCAGAACGGCGAAAAGUACAUCGGCCUCAACACCGCUGACGAACGAAACGCACGCGGAGAGAGAAUGGCAGCGUUCGCAGAAUCGCACCGCCUCCACGUCAUGACCUCCUACUUCGAGAAACCGAAAAACCAACGCUGGACGUGGCACUCACCAUGCUUCGACCAGUUCAACGAACUGGACUACAUCCUCUGCGACGACCGUCGAAGCGUCUCCAUUGUCGAAGUCCUCAGCCGAUUGGGGUGCGAUAGCGACCACCGACCGGUCCGAGCCACGCUCCACCUCGACGUAAAGAGACUGAAGAAAUCGCUAGCACUCUCGUCCCAAAAACGGGCGAGCACCUUCGACAAGAAAACACUCAAGCGAGCAGUCAAAGCGGCACAUUGGGCCAUGAGCGGACGAACUAACGAACGAUACGAUCAGCUUACCACCACCUUGACGUCCUGCCUCAAAGCCGCUGAAGUGCCAAAGAAGAAAGAAUUCCGGUCACGCCUCACUGCUGAGACGAGGAAGAAGCUCAACACGUUGACCACCACGAAGCCGCUGCCAGAAAACGCGGAAGAAUACAGAGCGCUAGCGAGGGAGGUACGUGCCUGCGUCAAGGAAGAUCACGCCGCAUACCGCAACCAGCGACUAGUCGAGACGGCUGAAGCCCGAAACAGUCUGAAGAAAUGGGCCCGCGAGCUAGCGCAAGUCCGGCUGCUCACUGCCGCUCUGAAGGACGAAAACGCCACACGCCAAACAGACAGACGCGAGAUCGAAAGAAUAUGCGGCGACUUCUACACGAAACUAUUCGACUCCAGAGUGCACGUCGCAAGAGAUCCGAAGACCACGGACGACGACGCAGACCCACUCGCACAGUUCACGUGGCAAGAAGUCGAGACAGCUGCGAAAAGCAUGAAGAACGGCAAAGCACCGGGCCCGGAUGGCAUCACAACCAAGAAGCUGAAAGCAGGCGGACCCCACUUAUGGAAGACGCUUGCAAAGUUCUUCUCGCACUGCCUGAAAACCGGCAAAAUCCCAGCGCAGUGGAAGGAGUCAAAGACCGUGCUGAUCUUCAAGAAGGGAGACCCUGAAGACAUUGCUAACUACAGGCCGAUCUGCCUUCUCUCCACGGUAUACAAAGUGUUCACGAAAACGAUCCUCAAUCGCCUGACGGACACGCUGGACGCCGCGCAACCACCAGAACAAGCCGGCUUCAGAAGCGGUUACUGCACGCUGGAUCACCUGCAGACCAUGAAUCAGCUCCAAGAGAAGGCACGCGAAUUCGGACGACACCUAUACGUAGUCUUUGUCGACUACGAGAAGGCAUUCGAUAGCGUCGAGGUGAACGCAGUGUGGAACGCUCUCGACGAGCAAGGCGUAGAUCCGCGAUACGUACGCCUUCUGGAGGAAGCGAACGUCGACUGCAGUACAGACAUCACGCUGUUUGACGACCCAGUUCGCAUCCCCAUACGCCGCGGAGUAAGACAAGGCGAUACGAUCUCGCCCAAGUUGUUCACCGCCGCACUUGAAUCCACCUUCCGGGAGCUCAACUGGGAAGCAGACGGACGAGCGGGUGUAUCGAUCGACGGCAAGCGAAUCACCCACCUGCGGUUUGCGGAUGACAUAGCGCUCAUCGGCACCACACUCGCAGAUGUUCAGCGCCGGCUCACGCAGCUAAACGAUCGCAGCAAGUCUCGAGGGCUUCGCAUCAACCGUCGUAAAACGGAGUGGUUCGAAUACUUCGAAUCAAAACAAACGCACACGGUCGAAGGAGAAGCCAUCAACCGAGUCCGCAAAUACGUCUACCUAGGCCAGGAGCUGACAGAAGACCAUACGCUAGACGGAGAGAUCACGCGACGUCAAAAGGCGGCAUGGCAGUCGUACAACUCCAUGAAGGAUGCGUUGAAGAACGUAAGAGACGUCAAGCUGAGGGCGAACCUGUUCAACACCACCGUCCUGCCAGCACUACUCUACGGCUGCGAAACCUGGGCACCAACAAAAUCACAAGAAAACCGCAUAGCAGUCACCCAGCGAUCCAUCGAACGCCGCACCCUCGGAAUUUCGAUGAGAGAAGAGCAGCGAAAUGAAGCCGUUAGAGAACAGUCGCAGUUCGCAGACGCCAUAACGGAGGCCAGAAAACGCAAGCUACGCUGGGCCGGCCACGUAGCUCGCAUGGCGGACGACAGAUGGGCCGGUAGGACCACCGCAUGGAAACCACGCGGAAGUCGACCACGAAACUGGGGCAUCCCGACACGCUGGAACGAACCACUGCUGAAAGCCCACGGUCCAAACUGGAGAGAAAUCGCGCAGAACCGAUCAUACUAUCGUCAACAGUGUGCUCUGCAUCUGGAACGAAGAGUGGACCCUCCACAACCCGCGCCAGAUUGA